AUGGCCAAGAAUCCCUUCCAACGGAAGUCCAAGCCCUGGGACAAGCUCAAGGAGCAGGAGACACGAAGACGCUCGUCUCUGCUGAAGGAAAACAACUCCAACACUGAAAACGAAGACGUGCCCAAGAAGAUCAAGAAGCGGUCUUCGUCUGGGAAGAAGUCUCGAGACUCUCGAGACUCUACCGAAUUGAAGGGCGCUUCACAGGCUUAUGGUGACUACGUAAAGUCUCGGGAGAGUCUGCGAGCAAAGGGACGCGAGAGUGACGUCAGUCGAUACGAGGGACAGCUGCUUCUGAAUCAAACAUUGACCAGAGAGAAGAUGCAAUUGAUGGUGGAGCUGGACAAGGCAAGAGUAGAGAAUGAGAAGCUUCUGGCACAGAUCAGAGAGCAGGAUUCCGAUUCCGACUCCGACUCCGACUCGGAGGAGCUGCAGGAGUUGCGGGAGAACGUGAUCAAAUUCAAGGAGAACGAAGACAAUCUGUUAGAGCUGUUGGAGAAUCUCAAAAAGGAAAUUGACACAAGCGCCAAGAAGGAACAAAAACUUGCCGAGGAGAUUCAGAAGCGUUUGGACACCGAGGAGGAGCUCCGAGAGGCCAUGCAGACACAGCUGGAGGAGCAGCAAGUAGAGCUGAAGCAGUGCUUUGAGCAGGAGAUGGAGGAACAGAAUAAGCUUGUUCAGAUCGAGUUCGACACACAGCUUCAGAAAGAACUGUACAAACAAAAGGCUGAGCUCGAGGCUGAGAUGAACGAGCAUCUUCAACAGCUGUCUAACUCCAACCCCUCCUCAAAUGCCACCUCCAAUGUCGAGGUAAUGAAGGAGCUGCACAACCUGAGACAACAGGUGAGCGAGUACCAGGAGAAGAUUUCGUCGCUUGAGACUCAGAACGCGGCCAUGGUUAGAGAAACAAAGCUCAACGUUGCAUUGCUGGAGCAACAGAAAAAGAAGAUCGAAGAACAGCAGAAGGAACUUGAUACCCUCUAUACCAAGAACAGCGGCACUGUUUUUGCCUCCCGACCUGUUACCAGCUCAUCUUUCGAUCCCGACAAGAACAAGCGGGCCACGAAAUCAAUCACGACCAACUUCAAGAACAGCACUGCUCCCAAAUCUUCGUCAAUUUUCUCCCCUGUUGCAUCAAAGGUCGCUCCUUCCCUCAAACCCGAUGUGGGCGUGUCAUCUCUCUCGAUGUCUCCUUAUCUGAAGUUGGGAAAGAACAAGAGUAAUGGAACCGCUGGCCCCGGAUCUCGGCCGUCCACUUCCUCGUCUCUUGCUAGCCACGUCACCGAUAGCCCCACAGUUUCUGGACGACCUGCUCGAGUGAAGAAUAAGCCUCCCCUUCCUUUGGCCGCUACCCCCAGACGAGCUGCUCAGCCCAAGGGUAGUCUGUUCGACUCUCCAAUGACAUCAAGACCUACUAGUGUUGCUGGAGAGGACGAAGAGGCUGCUCGAAGACGAACUCGACGAUCACUCAUGUUUGAUUCAUUCAUCACAAAGAACCAACUGGACGCCUCUGAGUCGCCCAAACGACGACAGAGCUCUACUCCUCCAGUAGAGGACAACAAGCCCAAGAAACGACGAAAACUAGGUGGAGUGAUUGUCGACGAAAACGAUGACUCUGAGGCAAAGUUGCAGAAGCAGAAACGAGUCAAGCGACCCACCGUUGCACCUGCUGCUCCACUCUUUGCAGACCUGUCUCCCGAGAAAUCUUCUGUGGACAGCUCUUCUGUUACUACACCGCGAAGAAACCCUAAGCGUUAA